AUUCCUCCACCAGAUCAUCGCCACCACCCCCCCAUCCUCCGCCAUUACUGCACCCCCUUGGAGACCUCCCUGAAACCCUCUUUCCUCCUCUUCCCCUUUGCAUGGCCGCUGGACUGCUGUCCCACACCGUGUCCGACCUCUGCCUCGGGAAGCCCGCGCUGAGGUCGCUCCCCGCCGCCGCCGCCACCGUCGGCGACGCCCUCUCCGCCCUCCGGAGCUCCGGCGAGUCCUGCCUCAGCGUCUGGAGCUGCGACCACUCCUCCUCCUCGGACGGCGGUGGCGCGGCCCCCGAGGGCGAGGGCGGGUUCGGGUGCCGGUGCGUCGGGAAGGUCUGCAUGGUGGACGUCAUCUGCUACCUCUGCAAGGACGGCCGCCUCUCCUCGCCUUCCUCCGCUCUGAAGGCCCCGCUCGCCGCCAUCUUGCCGAACGUUCCGGGCCUCGUCAUCCAUGUCGACCCUUCUUGCAGCUUGUUAGAAGCGAUUGAUCUCAUCCUGCAAGGAGCACAGAAUCUAGUGGUGCCAAUCGUAACCAGGUUCACCACCAAAACCAGACGGAAACAGCACCAGAAACCCUCGCCGACGCCGACUCUGCACGACGGCCGCGAGUUCUGCUGGCUCACGCAGGAAGACAUCGUCCGCUUCCUCCUCAACUCCAUCGGACUGUUCUCUCCGAUCCCCGCCCUAUCCAUCGACGAUCUCGGCAUCGUCAGUGCCGACAUUCUGGUCGCCGACUACGACUCCCCUGCUUCCUCUGCCGUCGGAGCGAUCGCCCGCUCCCUCGCGGAGCAGACCUCCGUCGCCAUCGUCGAUGGGGACGGAGUCCUGAUCGGCGAGAUAUCAUCUUUCGCGCUCGCCGCCUGCGACGAGACCGCCGCGGCCGCCAUCGCCACGCUCUCCUGCGGCGACCUACUGGCGUACAUCGACUGCGGCGGCCCGCCGGAGGAGCUCGUGAGGGUGGUGAAGGCGAGGCUGCAGGAGCGAGGUCUCCAGGCCACGGUCAACGAGUUCGCGAUUUCUCCGAGCAACUCGAACCCCUCGCUGUCGUCGGACGAGGAGUGCGCGGCGGCGACUCCGACGAGCGUGCUGCUGCGGAAGCUGGGGAGGUGCAACAGCCGGUUGUUCAGCUACUCGUCGCGGCUGGUGAGGAGGUCGGAGGCGAUCGUGUGCAACCCGAAGAGCUCGCUCGUGGCGGUGAUGAUCCAGGCGAUCGCGCACCGCGUCAACUACGUGUGGGUGAUCGAGGAGGACUGUAGCUUGAUCGGGAUCGUCACCUUCUACCACAUGCUCGAAGUGCUGAGGGAGCAUUUGGAGAACUUGGCUUGAACAAGCCUGUAGAAACAAGAAACAAGAAAGGUUCUUCUUUUUUUAUUGUUUCUUCUUCUGUGCUUGAGCUUAUCUGCUGAUCAGGUAGGUUUGAGAGAUCCUUUUAAGACAUUUGGAAAGUGCAAGUGGUUUUUUUUUUUUAAUAGCUUUUCGUGGCUUUUUGAUCAUUUUGAGAGGAAGGACUGAUAAGUUAUUAGGUCUUUGGAUUGUAUGGUUAUUGCUAAAAAGUGUUUGCUUUUCCCGUUGUUAUGGACCCAA